AUCGCACCAGUGUGGAUUUCAGGGAUCAGAUUUGACAGCCUCACUUCACAGCCUAUCAAGCAUAGCCAGAUGUAACAAAGCUACACUGAGUGAUCAAGGGGCCUCGUGUCAGAGCAUGAAGAAAACCGAUCUGUUACAAUAGAGGCACCGCAUUGACCUAUGAGUUUUCGCCCUCCACUGCUCCAUGGCCACCAUCGCUCGCAGCGCACCUCUGAGACCGGAGAUGAGAGCACUUGUUGAGGGAGCGCAGUUCCAGGGGAUCGUGCAGAGAAGCCGCAGCUUAAUAGAAAAGAUCCUGCUCUCCAUACCCGGCACGCACACAGACUGCAUUCACAUCGAGACACUAAAACUAAACUCUUCAGAAAAUGCCCAGUUUGUGACAAUGGCCUCUACCAUCGGCAUCCUGCCUGCUCCUGUUCUCAGAGUCGUCUCAGAAAACUUCACUUUGGAAACCAGUUUGAGACACAUGUCAGAGGGUCUUCAGCUGCACCGGGCCUUACUAAGCUCCAUCUCUCCUCGGCUCGAAAAGAGAGACAGAGUGAUCGGGCUGCAGGCUGACAUCAGAGACCUCGUCAGUCAGAUCAAUAAGAUGCGGAAAAUGGCCCAAGGAGAGGUUGUGGUGCAACCCUCACCGACCCCCAUGGCCUUACGUCUCCCGGGGGAAUAUGAAGUCCAGGUGGCGGCUCACCUGACCCUGGUGCAGCUGCAGUCCUUCGGGCAGGACGUGGUGCGCUGCCUCAGGGGUCUGGACCGGAGCAAUGAUGAGGAAACGGAGAGCUGACCAACAUUUAUACUCUAACUGCUUUUGGUUUCCAAAAAAUACGUUUUAUCUGCCACGUUUAUUAUUUAUUGAUGUUAAAUGAUUAUAUAUUUAUUUUUUAAAUCUAUUUAUAUAUAUUUAUUCACUGAAUAUGUUAUAUUUAUUUAGGGAAUUAAUUUAUGACAAGGGUCCGUUUUGUUUUAUGUAACAUUCACUGAAAAUUAAAUCAUCUUCAAUUUAGUCUUGACAAUAAAUAACAUGUAUUUAAAUGGUUUGAAUACUAUAGAGAAUAAAUAGCAAAACAAAACCUUUACAGCCUUUUUACUUUUUGAUAACUCCUUUUGGUCAGCAGAGAAAAAUAUGUCAUAUUUUGUGUAAAUUAUGUUUAAAUAUUUUGUUUUUUACAAAUCUUAUUUUUUUUAACAACUGUACUGACUGUAUUUCUGAUAAAUGAAAAAAAAGAAGUUGGUAUUUGACAAAUUGGUAUUGUUCCUCUUUAUCCAUGACUAAACAUUAUGACACAUGCUACUCAUUCCUUUAGUUCCAUCCAAAGUUCCAGUGGAGCUUAUACUGUAACUGAAAAAUGCAACUAAAAGUGAAAUAGAGUCUUUGCGUCAUUUUCUCUGCCAAACAGCCAGACACUUGCUUGAGGAAGUGUUGCAACAACGGAUGACUGCCUGGUGACCAUGAGCUCAGGAGGGUGGUACAGACCUUUGUACAUAGUGUCAUGUGAUAGCCUCUGCCAACAUAUGAUCAUCAUCAUCAUCAUCCACAUCAGAGGAUAGAUCCCAUGUUAUUUUUAUACCAAAAUAAAA